CAGGAGUAAUAUAACGUAGGGCUUCCAAAUUAUCUACUACUACGUGUCCAUGACACUGGAUCCGUUACCGUCUUAUCAAUCCAUGGUAAGGGCACGGCAGUGUUAGAUAGUGUAUUACGCAUGAAAUAAGAUGGACACACUAUAUCUGCAAGUAUUACUGCUCUGUUUCGUAACUAUAUCAUCAUCAUACGCCACACAAUGCUACACCGAUGCUGAGUGUAUGCAGGACGAGUGCUGCUUCCGUCAUGAAGGACCAAUGAUUGUUAGCAAACGACAGCUUCUGACGUCACUGAAUACGCACCAUGGUGUUUGUGAGAAAUACCAGGUACUUGGGGACCAUUGCAGCCCCUUUGACAAACUGAAUGGCCAUUGCAGCUGUGGACACGGGCUGACCUGUCAGUUUGUUCCAGCUUCUACCACCAUGUCUCUCAAACGAAAACUGUACAUGCCCGGUCCUGGAGCUUAUCAGUGUGCUCCGUCAGUAUAAUACAUGUAUAUGCUAAUAUCAAGAGUUGAAAACGUGCAAUUGAGACAAAAUUAUUACUGAUAUUCAUUUACGUGCAGGUAAAUAAAGGAAAUUCUGAAACAAA